CCUGCCAUCUGAAUCCAGUAAUUUCUGAACAUGGGUGCCUGGGGCUGUUUGCAGAAUCUGGAUCAGGAUUAUUAGCAUUUAACUAAAGAAGAUUUUUAGUUUAGGGAUUCCUGUAUUAUACUGUGCUUUUGGAUAUAUCUGUUCCAGUUAUCCUUCUAGCUUUUUUGGAUCUGGGUUUUUUUAAUCUGUGUAGUUAUUUUUAAGAAUUCUUGUGCAGCAUGAUAUCUUUAGUUAUUGUGUUGCUUUCCAGUAAGGCUUUUAUUUUGUAGAAUAAUUCCUACCUAAUGUUUGACUAACUUUCACAGAAUCUCAAAAGAAAUCUUAUUGUACACCAUGGAGUUCAGCUUCUCAAAAAUACAUGAUCCCCAUGCUGUUCACAUUAAGCAUCAAGGAAUUUCCAGCUAGCUCGACUUUCGCUGUGGAGAAUUUCUUUUCUAGGAAGAUGGAUGCCUUUACUUGUUGAUUACUUCAGUACUCUUUAUUUUACUUCUACAAAUAAAAACUGGUGUGCUUUUUUAGAACUCAUUUUCCUGGCUUAUCUCAUUAGACAACUCCUCCCUAUGAGCUGCAGCUGUCUUAAAUCAUCUGUUCAGGAGAGUUUUUUUAGGGAGCGUGGGAGGAAAGAAAAUAUUGCUGAUGACCAUUCUCAGUUCUGUCAUUUAACAAUUUGUCUCUUGUGCGCAUUAACCUUUUUUCUUUACGUGUUUUUUUUUCUUUUUUAAAUUGUUAUUUCCUUCUCUGUUGAAUAUUGAUGGUUUUGUUCAGUGUGACAUGAACUGAGUAGGGUUUGUCUUUAGAUCUUCAUGUUGUCAAGAGAUGUCAGAGUAGCAUGCACUCUGCUGGGAUCAGAAGGUAAUAGCAAUGCAGCAGAGUUUCUUGGUUUAUCUGUUCUAAAAAGCUUUUCUGGAGGGCUUUUUGUGGCAAACUCCAGUGUAUGACACCACUGCAAAGCUGUGUGACUUCAUCAGAGUCACUGUAUUAUUUACUUAUUAUAUUUAUUUAGCUUUUUCUUGUAGACAGUGGGUAUUAAAGCUUUCCUUUGCAGCUCAUAGUGUUCCAAAAGCAUUGUUCUUUGCCACUGUGCAUUGCCUGGGUGAACUGCUGUUCUAAGAGCAAUGCAGAUUGAAAGAUGAUGUGCAGACAAUGGAAUAAUCUUGGUGGACCUAUCCCAUACAUCAUUGUUUUCAUGUUUUGUAAGCUGUUGAUGGAGUUGGAAAUUAUUUGGACUUGAGGUCUGUUGAUUGUCUGACAUUUACAGUUUGACCAGUUACUGAAAUUUGAGUAUUUCCUGGGAGAUUCCUCCGUCAUAUUGUUGAUUUGGUAAUAUUGUUCCUCUGGCUUUCAGACGCCCUUCCCAGAUAGGACCUAAAUCUUCAAGGUGUAAAGACUAUAUCUUCAUAAAUCUUUUUUGCUUUAUUAUAUACAGCAAGAGAUGAAGGGAAAGAAUUUGAAGGCUAGUUUUUCUCUAUAUGUGUAGUGUGCCUAGGGCAUGUGUACAAGGGAAGAGUUGGAUACUUUCAAAGUAAUCUUUGGCUGCAGAAAAGUCAAAGUGGGGCCUUGAUAAUGAAAGCAGGUAACAAAGGCUGUGUAAGAAGAAAGAUUUGUCUCUCAGAUCUAGUAUUUUUGGGAUUUAAAGCUUUUACUUCAUCUGAGUGAUCGAAGUAAAAGCUGCCUUCCUUAUCAGUCUCUUAUUUUUUUAGGUUUCCAUGAAGAUAAACAACUGAAAUGUGGAUAGCUUAUUUGUAGUUUGGUGUUGGUUGUCAUCUGGAACCUGCUGGUGUCUCCUCUCAGUAGUAGGCGUGGUGUUGGCAGCUGAGAGCCAUGAAGGUUGUCCCAGAGAAGAAUGCUGUCCGCAUCCUGUGGGGUAGGGAACGGGGUACCCAAGCCUUGGGUGCUCAGCGGCUUCUGCAGGAGCUGGUGGAAGAUAAAACUCGAUGGAUGAAAUGGGAAGGCAAGAAAGUUGAGUUACCAGACAGUCCACGCUCCACCUUCUUGCUGGCGUUUAGUCCAGACAGGACCCUAAUGGCUUCCACACAUGUGAACCACAACAUCUACAUCACAGAGGUGAAAACGGGCAAAUGUGUUCAUUCCUUGGUUGGACAUCGUCGCACUCCCUGGUGUGUCACCUUCCAUCCCACCAUCCCAGGCCUCAUUGCUUCAGGAUGCCUAGAUGGGGAGGUUAGAAUUUGGGAUUUACACGGUGGAAGUGAGAGCUGGUUCACAGAUAGCAACAAUGCCAUUGCAUCACUUGCUUUUCACCCUACGGCUCAGCUCUUGUUGAUUGCCACUGCCAAUGAGAUACAUUUCUGGGACUGGAGUCGUCGGGAGCCUUUUGCAGUGGUGAAAACGGCCAGUGAGAUGGAGCGGGUCAGGCUGGUACGGUUUGAUCCCUUGGGACACUACUUGCUCACAGCGAUAGUUAACCCUUCUAACCAGCAGAGCGAUGAGGAAGUGGAAAUCUCCGUGGACAGCACAGAGAUGCCGCAUUAUCGCCAGCGCGCUAUCCUUCCAUCUCAGCCUGUGAGGCGCACACCCCUCCUGCACAACUUCCUGCAUAUGUUGUCCUCCCGCUCCUCUGGCAUACAGGUGGGAGAGCAAAACAGUGUUCAAGACUCUGCUACCCCAUCCCCUCCACCGCCUCCACCACCACCACCUCCGCCUCCAGCCAGUGAGAACACAAGGGCAUCUGUCUAUAACAGGCUCCGGGAGCGAGUCAGCUAUCCCACAGCAGAGUGCUGCCAGCACCUGGGGAUGUUGUGCCUUUGCAGCCGAUGCUCUAGUGCAAGACUUCCUUCUUCUCUCUUCCCACACCAGGAAAACGCACCCUCCACGUCUUCUGGGGCCACUGGCACUUCCUUCUCCUCUGUGCAGACAGAGCCUUAUCAACCCCCAGAGCAGGCAUCCGUAGCGCAGGAGGAGCAGGGGAUACUUAACAGGCCCUCUGCUUUCAGCACAGUUCAGAGCAGCACUGCUGGCAACACCCUGCGCAACCUUAGCCUGGGUCCCACGCGGCGGUCCCUCAGCGGGUCCUUGGCAGGCCACCAGUCCCGGUACCAACAGUCUGCGAGAGAGAUGGCUUCAGGCUUGGGUGGGUCUGACUGGUCCAGGACAGUGCUGAACAUGAGCUCUCGGUCCGAGCUGGAAGCCAUGCCUCCUCCUAGGACCAGUGCCUCCUCCGUGAGCUUGCUGUCCGUGCUCAGACAGCAGGAGGGAGGUUCCCAGGCAUCAGUGUAUACCUCUGCAACAGAAGGGAGGGGCUUUCUGGCCCCAGGGGCUGAGGUGAACAGUGGUAGUAGUGCUGGCCCGAGCAAUCCGGCCAGCAUUCGUAAUGAGCUCCAGUGUGAUUUGAGGCGAUUCUUCCUGGAAUAUGACCGGCUUCAGGAGUUAGAUCAGGGGAUUGGUGGGGAGCCCAGCCAGUCGCAACAGGCUCAAGAAAUGCUCAACAACAACAUUGAGCCUGAUCGACCGGGUCCCUCCCAUCAGCAGACUCCACAAAGCAGUGAAAACAAUUCCAAUUUGUCCCGGGGUCACCUGAACCGCUGUCGUGCUUGUCAUAACCUGCUGACCUUUAACAAUGACACGCUGCGCUGGGAAAGAAGCACGCCUAGCUACACACCAGGGCAGGUCCAAAGCACAUUUGAGGGUGUGCCUCCAAAUACCAGCCAGGUGCAGCCUGCAGAGAGAACCGAGGGCAGAGCUCCUGCCUCUAGCAGACUGCAGCUGGGCAGCUCUUCCACCCCGCAGGAGGAGAGGACCGUGGGAGUGGUCUUUAACCAGGAGACGGGGCACUGGGAAAGAGUUUACAGCCAGUCGGCUUCAAGCAGACCUGGGAAUGUAUCACAGGAGGCCUUAAACCAGGAAAUGCCUGAGGAAAGCUCAGAGGAGGAUUCACUCAGGAGGAGGUUGCUGGAGUCUUCCCUCAUUUCAUUAUCUCGCUAUGAUGGAGCAGGAUCCCGGGAACAUCCAAUCUACCCAGAUCCAGCCAGGUUGUCUCCUGCUGCAUAUUAUGCUCAGAGGAUGAUCCAGUAUCUUUCCCGGAGGGACAGUAUUCGACAGCGCUCUAUGCGAUAUCAGCAAAACCGUCUGCGCUCUUCCUCCUCCUCUGCUUCCACUUCAGACAGCUCAAACCCAUCUGUGGAGGGAAAUGAUCUGGAAUUUGAAGAUUUUGAAAGGGACAAUGGAGACCGAUCCAGGCACCGAGCUCCCCGGAAUGCCCGCAUGUCUGCACCGUCACUGGGGCGCUUUGUCCCGAGACGCUUCUUGCUGCCAGAGUACUUGCCUUAUGCUGGGAUUUUCCAUGAACGGGGACAGCCUGGCUUGGCCACCCAUUCCUCUGUCAACAGGGUCUUGGCAGGUGCUGUGAUUGGGGAUGGACAGUCAGCUGUGGCCAGCAACAUUGCCAACACCACCUACCGGCUCCAGUGGUGGGACUUCACUAAGUUUGAUCUGCCUGAAAUCAGCAAUGCCUCUGUGAAUGUGCUUGUCCAAAACUGCAAGAUUUACAAUGAUGCCAGCUGUGAUAUCUCUGCCGAUGGGCAGCUGCUGGCAGCCUUCAUUCCCAGCAGUCAGAGAGGCUUCCCUGAUGAAGGAAUACUGGCUGUGUAUUCUCUGGCACCUCACAACUUGGGCGAGAUGCUUUACACAAAGCGAUUUGGACCUAAUGCCAUUUCUGUGAGCCUGUCUCCAAUGGGCAGAUAUGUUAUGGUGGGACUGGCUUCCCGACGUAUCCUGUUGCACCCCACUACAGAACACAUGGUUGCUCAAGUUUUCAGGCUGCAACAGCCCCAUGGUGGAGAAACCUCUAUGAGGAGAGUUUUCAACGUUCUGUACCCGAUGCCUGCCGACCAGAGAAGACACGUCAGCAUAAACUCAGCUCGCUGGCUGCCUGAGCCAGGCCUGGGAUUGGCUUAUGGCACCAACAAAGGGGACCUGGUGAUUUGCCGACCAGAGGCUUUAAACUCUGGAGUUGAGUACCACUGGGACCAGCUGAAUGAGAACGUCUUCACUGUGCAUUCCAGCAGCAGGAAUACUGAGCGGCCUGGAACCAGCAGAGCUACAUGGAGGACAGACAGGGACAUGGGCCUGAUGAAUGCCAUAGGCCUACAACCCCGAAAUCCCCCCACCUCUGUGACAUCACAGGGUACCCAGACUUUGGCACCUCAGCUGCAGAAUGCCGAGACUCAGACAGAGAGGGAGGUACAGGAGCAGGAAUCCACCUCUGCAGGGACUGGUGAAGGUGAAGGUCCAGAAUAUGGGGCCAGUGGGGAGGAUGCCCUGAGCAGGAUUCAAAGGCUGAUGGCAGAAGGUGGCAUGACUGCCGUGGUUCAGCGGGAGCAGAGCACCACCAUGGCGUCCAUGGGCGGCUUUGGCAACAACAUCAUCGUGAGCCACCGGAUCCACCGCAGCUCUCAGACGGGCGCGGAGCCCGCUGGGGCUGAGGGCACGGCAGCACAGCAGUCCAGCUCUCAGCAGCUGGGCACAGAGCUGGAGGGACGCAUCCUGUCAGAGUCUGUGCAGCUGCCGGAGCACGGCCUGAGCCCGCGGACAGCCCCAAGCGGGAGCGAAGGACAAAGCGCUGGUGACCUGGACCUGCCAGAGCAGGCCCAGUCCUCCAUGGACACCGAGGGACCAAUUGAAUACAGUGACCUAACUAAUAAUAACCAUCUGCCUGACAGUACCAACUUCUAUAGUAAUGGCAGCACCAGUGGGGAGUCGCGGAACAGGUAGAGGUUGAGUUGUGUGUUGGUGCUACCCUUGUACUGCUCAGCAGAGACCUGUACCUCACAGCUGGCCAGGAGCUGGAAGAGUAGGGAUGGGUGGCUCUAACAGGAUGCUGGUGGUUCAGAGGGUUUCUCUAUCCUGGGUGAUGGGAGAAGGGAUAAGAAUUGCAAGGGAAACCAUGGGGAAGAAAGCAUACUUCCAACAUUCCCACUGCUGAACAGUUAAUAGGAAUACAAACCAUGCUUGCUGCACAUCAGCCAAAUUUUGAAGCCCCAUGGCGUCCCCUGAGCUAAGUCCUGCAAUUUGGUGUGUCAUCAUUUAUAAAGCCUUUUUCCUUUCCUUUUUCCUGCCCUUUUAUACCUGUGGAGCUGAUCAGUAGAGUGAAGAAAGGGAAGGGGGCCUGCAGCAUCUUUCUGGAGACAGGCAGUACUGGGCAAACCCAGGCGUGAUGCUCCAGCUCUGUUGCUGGAGUGGAGGAGUCUUCCAGGCCACAGUCUCUCUCCAUAGCACAGCACUGCUCCCCCAAAGUGUGGUGUUCUGAGACCAGUCCUGCCUAUGCUGUGGUCUUUUUUUGGGAAGAACUGGGCUUCACCAGAACAUACAUGGCUCAGGAUAUGCUCACAGGUGGGAUCUUUCCUUUUUAGAGUUAGUUUAGGACUUGGCAGGAACUGAAGCAGAGAUGCCGUAUGGAUGGGUGGAGGGACAAGGGCUACUGCUCUCUAGUCAGGAUGCAGUUCACACAAGGAUGUUCUAAGCCGUGCCAAUAUUAACAUGAAUGAGCCACCCCAGUGGUUUCAUGGUGCCAGGACUGAGCUGCAUGUCCUUGGCAGGGGGCAGGAAAUCUCUUUCAGCUCCAGGCCAGGGUGUGAGGUAUGGGUCUGUGAUGUAAGGUGUUGCAUGUGAAAUCUUGACCUUGUACAUGUAGUUUCUAGUGGAGAAGUCAAGGCUCUGAUACUUUGUUUUUAGUCUCUAAUGUGAUUUUCCUUUUCGUUUGUAACUCUCCAUCCCUAGCAGCUUGUGGAGGAAGUACAGGGAGAGUGUGAGUGCUAACGAGGGAAACACCAAAGAUCAAUGUCAUUAAAAUAUGACAAACCCUU